AUGGUUGGCGUCGCAAAAAGUUUUCGCAUAUACCCUUUGUCUGUAUUCGGGAAAACAAAGGUAUCUUGCUUGCCAAGGACGAUUGCAACUUAUCUGUGCGGGCGUGGAUGGCGAGUGAUAGCUGGUUGCCGACAAGGCGGUCUGGGCGCGCGCCUUGCAGAUUCUUGGCUGCAAGCGCACGCAGCGGCCACACCUGAAGACCAACCACCUCCGCGCCUGGCUACUCUUGAACUAGACGUCGCCAGAGAAGACUUGUUAGAAGAAGCUGCUCGAGCCACGGCUCAACAUUUGCCAGCUGGAGAACACGGUAUCUGGGCGGUAAUAAAUACGGCUGGCAGCAGCGGACGCGGCGGAUCAACCUGUUGGGAAUCCGCGCUGAAGGGCAACGUUCUGGGCGCGUUGAGGGUGGCUCGUACCUUCGCUCCACUUCUUGCAGCCGCAGCCGCAGAACAUGAUCACGCUGGCAGACUUUUCUAUAUCGGACUGACAUCAGAUACAGCAAGCGACAGCUUAUCCCGCUUAGACGCCGGCGACGAGGCUAGCGCAGGCGCAGCAGCGGUGCGUUGGGGCACCUGGGGCGCUGCACGUGCAUUGCGCGCCUCGUUGCGAUCGCGUCGUCUCCACGUCGUGCUAUUACACGCGCCUGACCUUUCUACUGCUGAGAUUUAUGCGCCACCCGUACAGCUUACUGUCCCCAGCCAGCCUUCUAGUCGUCCAGAAACACCAAGCUCCGACGUGAGCACAUCUACAGCGAGUUGCGCAGUGACAAUGCCAGGAGAAGCUGCUGAAUACAGCGCGAAAGUCCUCCCAACCAGCGCUUUGAAGGUUUUGGAAGACGCCCUGACUGCACCUUCACCAAGAGACGCCUACCAUUUGAAGAUGAAACAUGACUCCUGGUUCACAAGAGUUCCCUCUUUGAGAGUUGCUUGAAAUUUUGUAUUCCACUAUUCUAACACCUAUAAAGUAACUGUUAAAUAUUAUAUUAGUUACUCCGUUACUGAUUUAUGGUCUAUUCCAAACAGGACGAUACACUAUAUAUUAUUAAAACUGCUAACAUUUAAAAAAGUAAAUACCUAUGUAGAUUGAAGACUCAAACAAAUCACUUAGAAUGACUGUACUUGACAAAGUACUUUGAUCAUUUUUUAUUCAGAUCAUGGUGAAGGAAAAUGUCGUGAGUGAAGUUCCCAUUCCGUAUUCGGCCCGCGUAGGAACCUAUACAGCCCAAGCUUCGCAUUGUGAAAUGAGGCCUAUGCCCGGCUUGCCCAGUGCAACUAUUAUAUAGGCUAAGUACUAUUCAGAUCACAUGAAUAAGUGGUAUUCCUUUGAUAAACUCGCGCAACGUACGUUGCGUAUAACGCGCGUUAACGCGAUUCAGUUGCAACUAGUAAACUUUUGCAUACGUUCUUAUUAUUGAGUUUUUAAAUGUGUGUCGUCAGUGCGUAAAAAAUUCGCCAUGUGCAUAGGCUCUAAGGGCCGUAUUCUAGAACUCUACUCAAUGCUCAAGUCAGGAUUUGAGUAUGGUUUAAAGCACUCGAAAUCAUACUCAAGUCCCUGCCAUUAGGGUCGUAUUUCCAGUGCUUGUGUUACCAGUGCAAUCCUGACUUGAGCAUUGAAUAGAGUUCUAGAAUACGACCCUAAGGCUGCUAACUGAUGGACUGCACGUCUGCAGUUAAUGUGUGCAAUUGAGAUUUUUCUGCAAGGGUCAGCUGCAUUUGAAGUGAACGAUAGUCCGCGAAUCAAAAGCAGCAAUUAAUUGACAUUUAAGAGAAAAUUAUGAUUUUUUGCGUCUGAAACAACUUGAUGUUAGCAACAACAAAGGGUAGCUACUACUUGAGGAUUUAAUCAAAGUAAUGGUGAAAUAAAAACACGAUUGGUGAAACUUUUCUCAACGAUUUAUUUCACAUUUACACAAUUCUUAAACUUUUUGUAAACAGUACUUGUGUUAACAUUUUUUAUCGCAAACUGCAUUGCCGAAUUUAGUCGGGGAUUUUGGCCACAAAUGAAAAUGGAUGAUUUCGACAGCGAUAUGUUUAUUUCCUUAAUAUAAAGUAAAGUCAAUUUGGAAUUAUAAAUGUUCUAAAUAAAGUGACAACCUACAAGUAAAGCCAGGUACUCAUUAGCGAGCUGUAACUGUAACGUGACUGUCACAGUAACAAGGUUCUACAGUGUACGCGUGAAACAGUCUUCACUCGCUAGAAGGAGUAUGUGGUUAUCGUCGGCUCACUGCGAACGGCACGCGUUCCGCU